AUGAUGGUUGGUGAAAAACAAGAUAUUGUACCUUAUAUUCGUAAUUAUCAUUUAACUCCUUAUUGUCGAAGACCAGAUUAUGGUCAAAAAGAAAAAGAUAUAUUUGGUUCUAUGUGUCAAUAUAAAUUUCUUUAUGAUUUAUUACCAUCAUGUGGUGAUAUUGUUGAUGCAACUUUCAAAAAUCGUUCAGAAAUUAACAUUAACAUUACUGAUGAAACAUGUCAUCGAUUUAUAGAUAAUUGUAAUCAUGAUGUAUGGCCUCUAUGUCUUGAUUGGCGUGAAAUAUGUGAUGGAAAAGCUGAUUGUACAAAUGCAGAAGAUGAGCAGUGGUGUGAACAGUUAGAAAUGACAAAAUGUGCUGAUGAUGAAUAUCGAUAUCAUUAUGAUGGUCAAUGCAUUCCUCGAACAUUUGAUAGAGAUAAUCCGUACAGCAUCGAUUGUUUAGAUGGUAUUGACGACGAAGAACAGUAUUCAACUUAUACUAAAAUGUUCAACCGACAUUGUUCGAUGACUUCAACUUUUAUAAGUGAAGAACGUAUUGGUCGAUAUCCUCGUAGUGUUUCAAUGUGGUGA